AUGGCUGCCUUUAAACUUUUUUCGCUCGCCUCUGCGUCUGCGUUCUUGAUGGCGAACGCUGUGCAUCAAACGGCAAAGCAAACUUCAUUGAAAUCGGACGAAACAUCCGCAACCUACACUGUAAAACUCGGGAAAGAUCCUGUGUGCCUCGACGAUAUCAACGCUGCACGCGAAGCUGCUGGACUCGAACACUUCAAAACGGAGAGCAGUGCAGAUCUAGGGUUGCCUUCAGCUACCAUGGCAGAAGAUUCACAGCACAAUACUGCAUGGGAUCCCGUUUGUGAAGCUCUGACAGCAAAUGUAUGCAUCCUUUGCUUUUCUGCAGGGGAUGAACCCGUGUGCCUCGACGAAAUCAACGCUGCACGCGAAGCUGCUGGACUCGAACACUUCAAAACGGAGAGCAGUGCAGACCUAGCGUUGCCUUCAGUUACCGUGGAAGAACCAUCACAGCACAAUGCUGCAUGGGAUCCUGUUUGUGAAGCUCUGACUGCAGAAGAGUCAGCAGGUGUAACGAAGAGCGCAACUGAAAAUGGAUUUAAAAGUGGUACAUACGCCUACAUGGAGUUGGAAUCGGAGAAGCCCGACUGUGCCUCCGCAGUGAGCCACUGGAAGGACGCCGUCAGCAACUUCACUACGAUCCCUCCGGCGAAGAAUGGGCAAACGACACUCUAUAAUACACAGCAGAACAUUUCUUUUGUUGCUCUGUACAAUCCUCUAGACGAUGCCGCUGCUGACUGCCGCGUCGUUACCUGCACUCGAUCGGCAGCUACCCCAUCCCCAGGAGGAGGGGGAGUGGCCGCCCUAAGCACUGGUGAAGGAAAGACAGGCUAUGCUCUACUGUGCAUGACCACACCUGAAGCUCUUACAGCGGAAGCACCUCCCUUCGACGAAGAGCAGUGGAAGAAGAUCAAGGCAUCCAUCACAGGUUCAGCUUCUGCUGUUGCCCCGAGUCUGCUGGCCGUUGCUAUUGCGGCCGUUGGCUUGUUGGCCCUUUAA